GGGCCGGAAGAGGCGGGGCCGGGCCUGGCGGAGCCGCGAGAGUUGCGGGCGCGCUGACUGUCGCUGUUUGCGGGCGCCGAGAGCCGGCCUUGGCGGGCGGGUUGCGUCGCGAUGCCGGAGCUGGCGGUGCAGAAGGUGGUCGUCCACCCCCUGGUGCUGCUCAGUGUGGUGGAUCACUUCAACCGAAUAGGCAAAGUUGGAAACCAGAAACGUGUGGUUGGUGUGCUUUUGGGGUCAUGGCAAAAGAAAGUACUUGAUGUAUCCAACAGCUUUGCAGUUCCUUUUGAUGAAGAUGACAAAGACGAUUCUGUCUGGUUUUUAGACCAUGAUUACUUGGAGAACAUGUAUGGAAUGUUUAAGAAGGUCAAUGCCAGAGAAAGGAUCGUUGGGUGGUACCAUACAGGCCCUAAAUUACACAAGAAUGACAUCGCCAUCAAUGAACUCAUGAAAAGAUAUUGCCCUAACUCAGUAUUGGUCAUUAUUGACGUGAAGCCAAAGGACCUGGGACUGCCCACAGAAGCAUAUAUCUCCGUGGAAGAAGUUCAUGAUGAUGGAACCCCCACCUCGAAAACCUUCGAGCAUGUGACCAGUGAGAUCGGAGCUGAGGAAGCAGAAGAAGUGGGAGUGGAACACUUGUUACGAGACAUCAAGGACACCACAGUGGGCACUCUGUCCCAGCGGAUCACCAACCAGGUCCAUGGUUUGAAAGGACUGAACUCCAAGCUUCUGGAUAUCAGGAGCUACCUAGAGAAAGUGGCCACGGGCAAGCUGCCCAUCAACCACCAGAUCAUCUAUCAGCUGCAGGACGUCUUCAACCUGCUGCCGGAUGUCAGCCUGCAGGAGUUCGUCAAGGCCUUUUACCUGAAGACCAACGACCAGAUGGUGGUGGUGUACUUGGCCUCGCUGAUCAGGUCCGUGGUCGCCCUGCACAACCUCAUCAACAACAAGAUUGCCAACCGGGAUGCCGAGAAGAAAGAAGGGCAGGAAAAGGAGGAGAGCAAGAAGGAUAGGAAAGACGACAAGGAGAAGGAGAAAGAGAAGAGCGAUGUAAAGAAAGAGGAGAAAAAGGAGAAAAAAUAACCAUGUAGCUUUCCAAUUUGUAAAUUAAAAUCUUACAAACGAA